UGGUGGACCUUGCCUGCCUUUUUUUCCUCCGGAGCCCGUUCUCUCCGCAUCCUGCUCUUCCCAUCAGCGCCCAGGUUUCCCGACAGCUUCCAGUUCCCCACCGCACUUGCCUCAGCCCUUGACCUCGUGCCCCUGCCCGCCCCCCAACUUUGGAGUUCAACCUCCAUUUCCCCUCCUUCUGUGCUCCGCUUCCUCCUCCGUACCCUGCGCCCGGCUUCUCCUUGUCUUCCUUCCAUAAACCUGGAUCGCCAACAAGGUUGUCGUCCCCGUGCCUGCACCAUCCCCGCACCCAAACACAAAGAACCGCCCCCCAACCCCCAGACCCCGGUACCGCAAACACAGUCCACCAACACACUACGUGCACAAAAGCCGCCGGCUGCGGAAGCCGACGGCGCGUUUUGCCCCUGUGUCGUCAAGGGCCAGAAGCAAAGGUUCCCUUGUUGACUAGUUGAGACAAAUAUAAGCAUGGCCUUCUACAGUUAUAAAACAGUCUUAGCUAUUGCCCGAACAAGAUUCCCUGGCUAUUUUGUCCAUCCUAUGAGCUCUUCUUAUUCCGCAUCAUUUGCAUUUCUUCACUUGCCAGAUUCCCAUUUAAAUAAAACAUACAUGAAGAACUGUGUAAGCAAGAAGUACUCCUAUCCUAAUCAGUCAGGCAAUAAAGUACUUCACUUACGAACUAGAAUAAUACAAAAGCUACACACGUCAACUUGCUGGUUACAAGAGGUCCCUGGUAAACCUCAGCUGGAGCAAACCCCGAAAAAGCCCCAGGUGACAAGCCCUCAGCCCACAAAAGGACCUGGCAUGAAGAUUAAGGAAGAAAAGCGAUCUUAUAGACAAAGAAUUAUGGGUGAACUUAAACAUUAUUACAGUGGAUUCUACUUGCUGUGGAUUGACACCAAAGUUGCUGCCAGAAUGGUUUGGAGGCUGUUGCAUGGGCAGGUGCUGACCAGAAGAGAGAGACGAAGGCUCUUGAGGACUUGUGCUGAUUUCUUCCGCCUGGUUCCAUUUAUGGUGUUCAUAAUUGUACCCUUCAUGGAAUUCUUAUUACCGGCAUUUCUGAAAUUCUUCCCAGAGAUGUUGCCAUCAACUUUUGAAAGUGAAUCCAAAAAGGAGGAAAAACAGAAAAAGAAAAUGGCUGCAAAGUUGGAACUAGCAAAAUUUCUUCAAGAAACGAUUACAGAAAUGGCCAGGAGGAACAGGGCCAAGCUGGGAGAUGCCUCUGUACAGUUCUCCUCCUAUGUCAAACAGGUCCAGACAGGCCACAAGCCCAGCACAAAGGAGAUAGUUCGCUUUUCCAAACUAUUUGAAGAUCAGCUAACCUUGGAGCACCUAGAUCGACCUCAGCUGGUUGCCCUCUGCAAGCUUCUAGAGUUGCAGUCCUUUGGAACCAACAAUUUGCUCCGCUUUCAACUUCUGAUGAAACUAAAGUCUAUAAAAGCAGAUGAUGAAGUAAUUGCCAGAGAAGGGGUGAGUGCUUUGAGCGUGUCAGAACUGCAAGCCGCCUGCAGGGCCCGGGGGAUGAGAUCCCUGGGUCUCACUGAGGAACAACUGAGACAGCAGCUCACAGAGUGGCAGGACCUCCACCUGAAGGAGAACGUCCCUCCUUCUCUGUUGCUUCUGUCACGAACCUUCUACCUGAUAGAUGUGAAGCCAAAGCCGAUUGAGAUACCACUAAGCGGGGAGUCUCCAAAACCAGAUAUUCCUGUGGAAUCACCUACUUCUCCUGAAUCUAAAGAGACGCUGGUGGAUUUAGCACCUUCACUGAAGGGAACUAAGGAUGAAGAAUUUAUACAGCUGCCGCCCGUUCCCUCGUCCCCCACAACACCAUCAACGCCUAUCCCAUUACCUAAAGGACCCAUCACUUCUGCUAAAGAAGCUACGCUCCAGGCCAAAUCACAAAAGACAACACAGAACAGCAAGGCGAGUUCAAAAGGAGCAUAAGGACCAGCGGAGGAUGAAGCUCACUGUCGUCAGCUCCUGCCCGCAGUGGUGGCAUCCAUAUAGGACCGCCCAGCUGAGACGCUCUGUGUCUGGUUUAAGCAGAGGAUCAGCCAUGUCGUCCUUGGGAUAGGCCUUUGAGGCCUUGUACCUGUUCCAGAUGAUGUCAGCAGUGAGACCAAGUUCAGACCAUUUAGAAAUAUAAUUGCAAAGCCAACUUCCUCUGUACCAUGAUGUUAUCCCACUAAAUUGUGUGUAAAGCCCCCUCCCCAUGUUAUUUUUGAACAGCUUUGUAUUCCUGUGCGUGUCCUUUAAGGGAGGAAUUUUUUUUUUUUUUCUUUUCAUAAUGGAAUCAGCCUGGCACCUUAGAUUCCUCGAGUAAGGACUUGGAAACUCCAAAACCAUUGUGAGACCACCUAACUUUUUCAGGGAUCCAUCAGUAGGAAUAGUGCCCUGGAAGCAAAGCACCUUAAUGAGAUGGAAUGGAGGUACUCCCCAGUAAGGCCUUUCUGGAUCUGAAGAAGAAAAAGCUUUGUGGAGAAGAAAACGGGGAGCUCGGCAGACUGGUGAUCAGCAAGGCCUGGCUGGUGCUUGGCUGUUGGGAGGCCCUGCCUUGGGGCCUGCGGGGGCUGCAGGAUCUGGGAGGCUGCCACUACUCCGGGAUGCAGGGCUUUCGUUAGCCACCAUUUUUCCAGGAAACAUAAUUAAGGGUUUAAGACUUAACCAUUUGUCUGUGCUGGGUGUAUGUUUUCCUGGUCUGUUUGUCUUUCACCAACAAGACCAUUUGUUAGUCAUCGGGGUGGUUAAAGUCUGAUAUAAUCCCUUUUGCGACCAAGUAAUGAGUAUUAUGUUCAGAUCCUUAUGUUCGGUGUUUUCAGGAUGGUCAGUCCUGAGAAAACUUAACAUAAUACCUUGCCAUGCAGCUGACCAACAGCUCUCUUCCCUCGGGCAGUGCUUAGAAAGAAGAUAUUUUGGCUUGUGGGUGAUGAAAUUGGUCUUCUCUGCUCGCUGUAAAUUGAAAGCAGUUAGAGCGGAGUCAUUUAAGCCAAGCGCAACCCCAGUCUCCCUCUCUGGGGUCACCCAAGGGAGGACUGUCGUUGGCACUUCCCAGCAAGGAUCUGUACUUGACAAUGUUUUUUAGGCCUCCUCUCCACCUUGAGGAAAAGCCCGACCGUGGCCUGCUAACGAACUCCAGUUCCUCGAGAAUGAUGAAUCCCUACUAUGCAGCGUUCAGUGGAUCUCGCCAUUGGCCUAGCAAGGUGAUUCACAAUAAAUUCUCCCAUUUUUAAAA